AUUAUGUAUUAAAUGUGAUAUUAUCUAUGACUCAGUCCCUCAACUACUUUUACAUUGGCAUAGGUUAUACUUAGGCAGUGUUUUUAAAAAUUUAUUGUAAUCUGGUAAGCUUGACGCUUUAUUUCAAUCAACAUAUCAAGACAAGCUGUCAUAUAUAAAAUUUUACAAAUCCAUAGCUUUAUAGUAUGCAGAUGAGUCGUAUGGGCUCGCCCUCCAUCGGAAUGGACGAAGACAGCGGCGCUGGUCAUGCACUUAGCGAUUUUCUGCUCCAGCUAGAAAACUACAGCCCAUCAAUACCUGACUCCGUUGUAGCCUAUUACUUGAACAUGUCAGGCUUUGAAUCACAAGACCCGAGGUUGAUUAGACUUAUAGCAUUAGCGUCACAGAAGUUCUUGUCAGACAUAGCCAAUGAUGCACUCCAACACUGUAAGAUGCGAACAUCGAGUCAAAUAAACCAGAACUCUAAGAACCAAAAAGGACCAAAGGAAAAGAAAUAUGUAAUGACAAUGGAGGAUUUGGUGCCCGCUCUUCAGGAGUAUGGAAUCUCAGCAAAGAAACCGCACUAUUUUGUUUAAUUAAGUUAAAAACUUUGGGGUGUUCGGGAAUAUGAUCGAUGAUUCUUUUCUUCUGUUUUGCGGCUUUGAUCAUAGAAAAUGAAACUAGAGUUUACAAUAACAGUUAUGUAAUGCUUAAGGUCAAAGGUUUAGCAAUGAUAUUUUCAAUUGUUAUAUUUGAUCUUGAUGGAAGUAACGUUUACACAAUGAUAGUACACACAGGCUGAGGUAGAUACAGAUAAUAAUAGAUUACUACUACUAAUUAAUUUUGCACAUAACUUCUAUUUUAACUAAUUUCUUCUAAAUAUAGGUUUUUAAUUAAAUUAUUAAUGUUUGCUUUAUACUUAUAAUUUAAUAAAUGGUAAAAUAAUAACCUAAAACUUUAAAUGCUCCAUUAAACUUAUCAUCAAUCAAUAACAUUGAAUGUGUUAUUUUCAUUUAAA